AUGGGCGAAACGGCAGAAGGCCAAGACGGCGACUCGGCUGAUUCAGCCACAACAACAGCAACAGCACCAUCAACAAACCUAGAAUUCGAUGUCGUAGAUAUCGUCCCAGACGGGGAUCUCCUCCUAGACGUAACCUUCGAGACCUCCCCCGAAACCCUCAAAGCAGCCCGCAAAGCAGCCAAGCCCCGGCCCGGCCAAAAAACCACCCCUCCCACCUUCAAAGCCAAAACCCGCGUCGGCUACCGGGUCCAACUCGCCGUCCUGAAGCAAAACUCAAAAUACUUUGACAACCUGCUCAGCGACACCCGCUUCUCUGAAGCCCGGUCCAUCGAGGCCAGCCUCCAGCAGCUCUCCCUGCGUAAUGUGAACCCCUCCGAAGCCGACGCGGCCGACUUGCCGGUAGUCAAAAUCCUCGAGGACGACGAGGCCACGCGUUCGGCGGGCCAGGACUCCGCGUUCGCAGAUCUCCUGCGUAUCCUGCACCGGAAGCAAUCCACCUCUGCCGCCUCAGCCAAGACGGUGAACAUGCAGUACCUGGCGGUGCUGGCUGUGCUGGCAGAUCGGUUUGAUUGUAUUGGGAUUAUGUCGCGGUAUCUGAGUGCGCUGAAGUACAAGUGGCCGGCGACGCAGACGAGAUUGGCGAGGGAAGAUGGGCCGGCGCUGUCGUUGGCGGCGGAGGAGAUGUUAAGGCAGAAGAUUCUGGUGGCGUGGUUGCUGGAUCAGCCGCCUAAGUUGCAUACUGCUGCAAGGGAACUUAUUAUGUAUGGCUCGCGACGGUGGAGUGCAUCGUUUGAGGAAGGGGAUGACGACGAAAAUACGCCAAUAGCGGCGUGGUGGGAUCUACCUGAUGAUCUGGAGCAAGAACUCCACCACCGCCGCGCCAGCAUCCUCUCCACCAUAGCCUCCAUCCAGCAACACUUCCUCUCGCUCUACACCUCCCGCACUCGCCAAUGCAAACUCGGCUACGAGUCCUCCGCCAGCUGCGACUCCUACCAGCUCGGCGAAAUGGUCAAGUUCCUCUGCAGUAAGGACCUCCUCUUCCUGACCGAUUUCACCUUUUCCUCCUUUCCCUCUCCCCUUUCUUCUUCUUCCCCUUCCUCACCCUCUCCUUCGUCCUCGUCCCCGGGGGUUACGGACCGCAUAGCAACAACAGACAUAGGCGCUCUCCUCGCCUCCCUCAAACAAUGUCCCACCUACCAAAUCGACAAACACCACACCAACUGCGGCUUACGCACCCGCUUGCUGCCCAUUGUUGAAUUUGUCCAGGCCAUGUUGUCGUCUGCGGCGGUGUCAAUUUCUCGGACGGCGUGGGUGAGGGAUCGCGAGGGGACCGCUUGGUCUUUUAGGGAGCAGAAUGAUGGGGAGUAUGGCGACGGUGACGGAAAGAAGAAGGGGGGGAGAGAAAAAAAGGUGUUUCGGUUUACGCGCGGGAUGACGACGGAUCAGAGGUUUAGGUAUGAGGGUGCUAUGGCGGCGGAUCGGAUGGCUAGGGCGUUGUUUACGGCGGAUGAGUGGGAUUGGACGGCGGAGGAGAGGGAUGAGGGGAGGGGGGUGGAGUUUGGGCGGUGGCCGGUUGCGAGGUAG